AUGCCAGAUCUGAACUUCAAUGCGGACAGCGAUAUCCCAGACCUCUCAGGGAAGACAGUCUUCAUUACAGGAGGUAAGAGCUUGAAUUCCCCACGAGCUCAGCAAAUAAUGAUAGCUGCGGUAGACUCAGGCUAUCUUUAUCUAACAUCCACGCCAUCAGGAACAAACGGCCUAGGCGCCCAAUCAGCAAUCCACCUAUCCAAACACAACGCAUCCCACAUCUACAUCAGUGGACGAAAUGCUCAAAGCGCCGAGAAAGUCAUCACACAAAUCCACAACAGCGGAUCAAAAACACAAAUCACCUUUGUCCAAUGCGACCUCGCAUCCCUAGACUCCGUAAAAGAAGCAGCGGAGAGAUUCACAUCCGACACAACCCGCCUCGAUAUCCUGAUGUGCAACGCAGGAAUCAUGGCCCAAGGCCCCGGUCUAACGAAAGACGGGUAUGAAGUCCAAUUCGGCACAAACCAUCUCGGUCACGCCCUUCUAAUACGGAAAUUACUUCCGUUACUCGAAAACACUUCUAGGGGAGGCGGUGAUGCCCGUAUUGUCAUCCUCACAUCUCAAGGCUUCCUCCUCCACCCAGGUAGAGGUAUUGUUUUCGAUGAUUUAAAAACUACACAGGACUGUUUGUUCCCAGGUCCUUGGCGCCGUUAUGGACAGAGUAAGCUUGCGAAUCUGAUCUAUGCGCGUGAGCUUGCGAAGAGAUAUCCCGGUAUUUUGACUGUAGCUGUGCAUCCGGGUGUGGUCGCUACUGAUCUCGUGGGGGGCCUAGGUUUCUUUGAUAGAACUUUAAUCUAUACGACUAAUUUUGGGAAGCUUUUGAAGCCCGAGGAGGGUGCUUAUAAUCAGUGUUGGGCUGCGACCGUUGCCCGUGAGAGGAUUGAAAAUGGAAUGUAUUAUGAGCCUGUCGGGAAAAAAGAGGAAGGGAGACUUGAUAAGACUGCGAAGGAUGAAGUUUUGGCUGGAAGAUUGUGGGAUUGGACUGCGAAGGUACUUGAUGAGUUUUGA